CUUCAUAAAUUUCACUACCUUCCCCCACUUCAUACCAACUCUCUCCGGCAACCCCAUUUACAAACUUUUCUUUCUUCUCACAUUGAAUAUAUAUCUCUCUUUUUUAUUUCUAUAUGAUAAAAUUCUAGUUAGCUCAAAAAGGGGUUUUCUUUUUUCCAAGUUAUAAGUUCUUUUUUGGUCAUGGAAGAUAGGUUAUGCAAAAGUCCGUUUUUUCUUAAGCAAGAAGAUUCUGGCGGAACUCCACCGGAUAAUGCUGCUGAUUCUUCUUUUUCCGGUGAUGAAGCGGCUGAAGUUAGCAUGCCAUCACCUAGAAAAAGUAGGAGAGGAGCAAAAAAGAAAGUAAUUUCAGUGCCAAUAAUUGAAGCUGAUGGAUCAAGGAGUAAAGGGGAAGUUUAUCCUCCACCAGAUUCUUGGUCUUGGAGGAAAUAUGGGCAGAAGCCAAUUAAAGGAUCACCUUAUCCCAGGGGAUAUUAUCGAUGCAGUAGCUCCAAAGGUUGUCCUGCAAGAAAACAAGUAGAGCGUAGCCGCCUUGACCCCACCACACUCCUCAUUACCUAUUGCUCUGAACAUAACCACCAAAUUCCCUCUGCCACCGCCACCAAACACCACCACCACAACAACCACCCCACCACCACCACCACUCCAACCACCAGUUCACCAACCACCUCUACCGCGACCGCCACAGACGCCACAUUGCUAGAUAAUUCGACUACGGAAGAACCUGAUGUGUUUGCUUAUCAACAUGAUAAUGGAUUCUCCGAACUUGCAGGUGAGUUAGGUUGGUUCUCCCAUAUGGGAACUACUUCUACUACAAUGAUGGAGAGCACGUCCACGUCAAUGGUGGGGUCCACGUGGAAUGAUAGUGACGUGGCUUUAAUGUUGCCUAUACGAGAGGAGGACCAGUCUUUGUUUGGUGAUCUUGGUGAAUUGCCGGAAUGUUCCGUUGUUUUCCGGCGGUAUAAUGUGGAGACUCCCUGUUGCGGUGGUACAGGAUAAGAAUCCACGUGUCAAAUUUUUACUGAAGUAUGUAGAUGGAUUUGAGGUUGCGAUACGACAUACAGAAAGUUCUUUUUCUUUUUCAUGAUUUUUUUUUUU